GCAUAAGGACGCCAAAAGAAAAGUGAAAGCAAACCAAUAAAUCUUCUUUUACUGAUGAGAAGCGUGUCAUGUUUCUUCCUUGAAGAAGUUGCAAACCAAUGUUACUUUGGAAAUCCUUUCCAAGAUCUAAUAGGAAAAACUUUUGGCCAAAACUGUCAGCCUGUGUUUCUGAAUAGGAAUACGUGUCCUGUGUCAAUUCAAGAGGGAGAGGACGAGCGCCUGGAGAAGGUCGCGGUGUUCCUGCACGGGGACUCAUCGCAGACCAGAACCAUGGCAGAAGGGAAGCAGGAGGCCUCUGAUGCCAGGGAGCCAGCAUGCCUGCUGUGCCGCCGCGCAGAGGCUGACCCGGACAUCUGCGGCGACAAACAGGAGAAGCACGGGCUCUGUGCCCACAUCUUCUGCCUGAAUUUCGCCAGCCUCAUUUUUCGACAAGACGAUGAUCAGACCGGAUUCACGGGCUGUCGCCCUCGCGAUAUCCAACUUGCAGUCAGCCGGGCAGCUCAGGAGCACUGCUGCGUCUGUGGGGAGACUGGGGCCACCAUCAUGUGCUGUCAGGAAGACUGCGACAGAUGGUUCCACCUGCCCUGUGCCAAGGAGGGUCACUGUGUGACUCAGUACAUAACCCCAUACAGGUACCUCCUCUCCCCUUCUGGCCACCCCUGUGGAAGGACCCAGCAUUUCUCACUUUGCUCGUCCCUUUUCCCCCAGCUCCUUCUGCCCUGA